AUGGCUCCGCGAAUUCAGGAUACAGCUCACACUGUGAAGGAGAAGUUUGGUAACAGGCUGUAUGAUGCUCUGCUAAAAGGGCAGAUCCCUGACAUGAACUCCAUUCUGGAUCGAGACGACUUCACAAUUAUGAAGAGAGCCAUCUACGCCACUCAGAGACACACCCUCCCUCCGGUAACCACUCACAACAUGAUUGACGACGCAACAGAUCCCAUUCUUUCGAACGUCAGACGCAUCGGCCUGUUCAACUCCAGGAACGAUCGCGUCAAGGUAAAGAGUCGCAAGUGA